AGAACAACAAACCAUAGUUUGUUGGUUGUCAAAGUUAUAUUUGCAAUCCUUGCGAACUCGUAAAUUUUGUAUUUUAAAUGAAAGCGUGACCGGUCAACUUCCAAUUCCUUUUCACAAAUCGAAUAACUACAACAUUUCACCAACUGACAACUCUGUUCACUGUCCACCAUGGAUAUGAUGGAAGAUGUGAAGCCAUCCAUAAUGCCGUUGACAACACAAGACACUAAAAUCGAGAUUGGAGACCUACCAAUGAAAGCAGGAGAAGUUUUUCGAAACAACGAAGGACAGUACUCAUUUAUGUGUUUCCACUGUGGUUUAAUAUUCGAAGACUUUGGCGAGAUUAGCAAUCACUGCGAUAGCCACUUCCAAGAACAAAAGUACGAUGUUAGUGUCCAAGCUCCGGAGUUUGUAUUAUGUACACAAACUGGUACCGAAACCGAACUACCUGAUAGUUCGCUCUCGCUUCAACCUGAACGACCUGAACUAACACCGGUGGAAGUACCAGUAAAAGUUUCGUUGGAAUCAACACGUCCAGCAACGAACCAUCAUGUGUCAGUUCGAAAACGAAAGAAACGAAAAAUAGCGAAAAACGCUCCGUUACCAAAUUUUCCUCAAAAUUGUCCAAUAUGCUCCGUCUGGUGUGACGACUUUCGGGGCCACAUGAGAACGGAGCAUGAUAUGCGCUACAGAAUCCUUCAAUGUUAUAACUGCAAGAUAUUCGUAAAAGAUCUUACUACAUUGAAAGGUCACAUAAUCUCCAACAACCACGAAAAAAAGAAAACUUGCUAUAUGUGCCUUGUGAAGCCACCAAUAACGCAUCCAUCGGAACCGAGGCGUCACAAGUGUUUGUUCUGUAAGGAAUGGUUUCCGAAUCACAUUGAAUUUAAGGUCCACUUUGCGAGUGCUCACGACAAAGACGCGGACGAUUUCUUUAAAAAAAAGACGAACUGCAACAUUUUUACGUGCCACAUAUGUGAACGGGAAUUUCCCCUGCGAGAUUAUUUGCAUGCACAUAUGAGAAUUCACGACGAUAGCACUCUACGGCAUCAAUGUCCUACAUGCGGAAGACGACUCAGAACAUACGGGCAGCUCACUCAACAUCUAAAAGUACAUGAAGGUAAGACAUUCCCAUGCGACCAGUGUGAUAAAAUUUUUCCGUAUUACGCGAGAUUGCGUCUCCAUCGCUUCACUCACGCUACAGAACUUAAGUUUGAGUGCGACCAAUGUUCGAAAAAGUUCAAGCAAAAGAAGUACUUGUUGCAGCAUAAAGCGACACAUACGAAUGAGCGAAGAUAUGCUUGUAAGUUCUGUAAUGCGUCCUUCAAUUUUACUUCCGGUCGCCGAGCACAUGAAAAGAGUCAGCAUAAAACGCUAUGAAAUCGGAAAAUUUGUAGCUUGGCGAUUGUUUAUACUUUCUUCUUGAUUGGUACUGACUCAGUGCUACUGAGACCAAUUUCUGUUUAAUUUAAGUUAAAUUACACAAUCUUGAACUGAAUAAAAUGAGAUUCGAUCAAAAUAAUUUCCCAAGUAAAUUUUAGAAUUCACAUCUGCA